ACAGGAGCAUCUGAGCCCCGUACUGCGAGAUGUGACAGGAUGCUGAACCAUCACUGCAGAAGGAACCCAGAGUUACAGGAGGAGCUGCAGAUCCAGGCGGCGGUGGCGGCCGGCGAUGUCUACACCGUCCGCAAGAUGCUGGAGCAGGGCUACUCGCCCAAGAUCAGAGACGCCAACGGCUGGACGCUGCUGCACUUCUCUGCGGCGAAGGGGAAGGAGCGCUGCGUGCGCGUGUUCCUCGAACACGGAGCGGAUCCCACCGUGAAGGAUUUCAUCGGAGGCUUCACAGCUCUGCAUUACGCCGCCAUGCACGGCCGUGCCCGCAUCGCCCGCCUCAUGCUGGAGUCCGAGUACCGCAGCGACAUCAUCAACGCCAAGAGCAACGACGGCUGGACCCCGCUGCACGUGGCGGCCCACUACGGCCGCGACUCCUUCGUGCGUCUCCUCUUAGAGUUCAAAGCCGAGGUGGACCCGCUCAGCGACAAGGGCACGACGCCGCUCCAGCUGGCCAUUAUCCGCGAGCGCUCCAGCUGCGUACGCAUCCUGCUCGACCACAGUGCCAACAUAGACAUUCAGAACGGCUUCUUACUGCGUUACGCCGUAAUUAAGGGCAACCACUCGUACUGCCGCAUGUUCCUGCAGAGGGGAGCGGACACUAACCUGGGCCGGCUGGAGGACGGACAGACGCCGCUGCACCUGUCGGCCCUCAGAGACGAUGUGCUGUGCGCGCAGAUGCUGUACACGUACGGAGCCGAUACCAACACGAGGAACUACGAGGGCCAGACGCCUGUGGCUGUUUCCGUCAGCAUGUCUGACAUCAGUCGGCCUUGUCUGGACUUUCUGCAGGAGGUCACAAGUAGGUUCACCCUCUCUUUAAUGUUCAUAU